AUGGACGCCGGCGACGCCAUGGAGAGAGGCCAGCGCUCGCCGCGGCUGCCGGAGAGCCGGAACCCAAAGAUUGAGGACGAAACCCUCACGGUGCCGCUCAUUCAGGACAAGAAAACUGGAAGCAAAGCGCCGGCGAUAGUUCUAGGAUUUCAGUGCUUGGAGAGCACAGCGUUCAACGGCAUCGGCACGAACCUGGUGGUGUACCUCGAGACCGUCCUGCACGGCACCAAUCUUGCGAGCGCGUCCAAUGUCACCUCCUGGUUCGGGACCAGCUACCUGACCCCGGUCUUCGGCGCCAUCGUCGCGGACACGUUCUGGGGCAACUACAACACCAUCCUCGUCUCCCUCGUCGUCUACCUUCUCGGUAUGAUGCUGGUCACCUUCUCGGCGUUCCUGCCGACCACCGAUCUCUGCGGGGUGGGCUCGUCGUGCCACCCCCUGCUGGGCGCGAAGAACGUCGCCUUCCUCGGCCUCUACCUAGUGGCGUUCGGCAGCGGCGGCGUGCGCGCGGCGCUGCUGCCGUUCGGCGCGGAGCAGUACGACGACGACAACGCGGUGGACCGGGAGCGCAAGAUGUCCUUCUUCAGCUGGUUCUACAUCUGCGUGGACUUCGGCAUGAUCGUCUCGGGUGUCUUCAUCGUGUGGGUCCAGCAGAACAUCAGCUGGGGCCUCGGCUUCGGCAUCGCCACCGCCUGCGUCGCGCUCGCCUUCGCCGGCUUCGUGCUCGCCACGCCCAUGUACAAGCGCAGCAUGCCCACCGGCACGCCGCUCAAGAGCCUGGGCCAGGUCGUGGUCGCCGCGUUCAGGAAGGUCAGCCUCCGCGUCCCCGCCGAUGCCGGGCUCCUGUACGAGGUCCACGACAAGGUCGACCAGCCCAAGAUCGCGCACACCGACGAGUUCGCGUUCCUCGACAAGGCGGCCGUGGUCGCGGGCUCGGACCUGGAGGGGGUGGUGACGGACGACGCCGCGGGGUCGUGGAGGCUGUGCACGGUGACGCAGGUGGAGGAGCUCAAGAUCCUGCUGCGGCUGCUCCCGAUCUGGGCGACGAGCAUCGUGCUGUCGGCGGCGUACGCGCAGCUGAACACGACGUUCGUGCAGCAGGGCGGCGCGAUGGACAUGCGGGUGAUGUCGCUCACCAUCCCGGCGGCGUCGAUGGUGUCCUUCGAGGUUCUCUGCGUCCUGGCCUGGGUGCUCAUCUACGGCUCGGUGAUCGUGCCCGCGCUCCGGGGCGUCUCCCCGGCGCGCGGCGAGCCGUCGCAGCUGCAGCGGAUGGGCGCGGGGCGGCUGCUGAUGGCGUGCGCGAUGGCCGUGGCGGCGCUGGUGGAGACGAAGCGGCUGGGCGCCGCGGGGCGCGGCGAGGCCACCAGCAUCGCGUGGCAGAUGCCGCAGUACUUCGUGCUGGCCGGCGCGGAGGUGCUGUGCUACAUCGCGCAGCUGGAGUUCUUCUACAGCGAGGCCCCCGACGCGAUGAAGAGCCUGUGCACGUCCCUGGCGCUGCUCACCGUGGCGCUGGGGAGCUACAUGAGCUCGCUCAUCUACGCCGCCGUGGACGCGCUGACGGCGAGGGGCGGGCGGCCCGGGUGGAUCGCCGACGACCUCGACGAGGGCCACCUGGACUACUUCUUCUGGACCAUGGCGGCGCUGUGCACGCUCAACUUCGUCGUGUACAGCGCCUUCGCCAGGAACUACAAGGUCAAGACGGUCGUGUCGUGAUCCAGCUGACGCGGGGGCACAAGAGUCGUCGGGAUCGGAUAUGCAGCGGGUGUUGCGCAAUGGCGCGUGUGUGCAUGAAAUUUAGGAGAUUUCUAGGAGAAGGCGACGACAUCGUUUGUUUGCUUCGUUGUGUUACUGGUGCCGAUGGGGACAUGGGGUCCUUGAUUUUUUGGGUUCCGCUUCUUUUCUUUUUGCCAGUGUAGUAAGUUGAAACAUGGAUGGGCGACAGGACAUCCAUGUUACGGUUUUCACAAAAAAGUGCAGUGCUA